GUUAUGGAGUACCUAAUGGGAUAAUAACUUUUCUCAAAUUAUGUACAGCACCAGUUUGGCAGAUCAACCACAAUGAAAGGAGUAAUAAACACACGCAUCACUGAAAAUGUCCUGCACUAGUCUCUGUAGUCUGGACUAUGAAGCCGCUGCCUCUCACUAGCUCAUCUUCAUCUUCAUCUUCAUCUUCAUCUUCCUAACAAAUACAACGCCAUUUCAAAUUCCAAACUCCCUCAUAUUGAACAAAUUCCCCACCAAAAACCCUACCAAUUGAUCUCAAAUUUUCUCCCAAAAUCAAAAGCUUGAUUCAUUCAAAUUCAAUCAUCAAAGCAAAAUCCAUCAAAUGAUGGGGGGUCGUCGAGAUGGUUUGAUGCGAAGCAGCAGCAACAGCAACAGCAUUCUUUCGCUUCGAACAUCUCGAAUCGCAAUUGCUAUUGCGAUCGGAAUAUUAAUGGGCUGUAUAUUCGCCUUUUUUUACCCUUAUGGUUUUUUACAUCCUUAUUAUCCUCCUUCUACGGCUGCUGCCACUAUCUCCAAUUCCAUUUCUCAGGAGAGUUCGUCGGAGUGUGAAUCGAGUGAGCGGAUUAAUAUACUAAAGGCCGAUAUUGUUAGGAUGACGGAGAAGAAUGCAGAGUUGAGGAAACAAGUGAGGGAGCUAAAUGAGAAGCUGAGGUUGGCUGAACAGGGAACAGACACUGCUCAAAAGCAAUUCCUGGCAUUGGGUGAACAACCUAAGGCUGGACCUUUCGGUACUGUCAAGAGUUUAAGGACGAACCCAACUGUAGUGCCAGAUGAAUCGAUUAACCCCAGAUUGGCUAAGAUCUUAGGAGAAGUUGCUGUUAGGAAAGAGCUUGUAGUUGUGUUGGCAAAUGUUAAUGUGAAGGAGAUGUUAGAGGUGCAGGUAUCAACUGUCAAGAAAGCGGGUAUACUUAAUUAUUUGGUUGUGGCAUUGGAUGAUGAGAUUGAGAGUUAUUGCAAGGCCAAUGGCGUGGCUGCCUAUAAGAGAGACCCGGAUGAUGGGGUGGAUGAAAUUGGAAGGUCAGGUGGUAACCAUGCAGUCUCUGGAUUGAAGUUCCGUAUUUUAAGGGAGUUCUUGCAGCUUGGUUAUAGUAUUCUUCUGUCAGAUGUUGAUAUAAUCUACUUGAAAAAUCCAUUUGAUCAUCUUUAUCGUGAUUCUGAUGUGGAGUCAAUGACAGAUGGUCAUAAUAACGCGACUGCUUAUGGGUAUAAUGAUGUCUUUGAUGAACCUGCAAUGGGAUGGGCUCGGUAUGCACAUACUAUGAGGAUUUGGGUUUAUAAUUCUGGGUUCUUUUACAUAAGGCCUACUAUUCCUUCCAUUGAGCUUUUGGAUCGCGUUGCUGAUAGGCUUUCCAAGGAGAAAGCAUGGGACCAGGCAGUUUUCAAUGAGGUGCUCUUUUACCCUUCACAUCCAGGGUAUGAAGGGCUUCAUGCUUCUAGGAGGACUAUGGAUUUCUAUACUUUCAUGAACAGUAAAGUUUUAUUUAAAACUGUUAGAAAAGACCCUAACCUGAAGAAGUUGAAACCUGUGAUCAUCCAUAUAAAUUACCAUCCUGACAAACUUCCAAGAAUGAGAGCUGUCGUCGAUUAUUACUUCAAUGGUAAGCAAGAUGCCUUGGAUUCUUUUCCCGACGGUUCUCAGUGAUGGAAAUAGAGAUAUACGGAGUUUAUCUUGCUCACAUUCGGCAUUUGUUGUUAGUUUACACUGAGGGCAUGGCACAUACUGAAUUUGGGCUUAUUUCAGCCUAUGUUGUGGUCUUAACAGAAUUUUUAGAAAGAUUUGCCACUCUUUUUUGUUUUACAUGAUUUGCUUUUCAGCUGUUUCUCUGUAGGAUUUUACUCAUUGUUUCUAUUAGUACUUUGGUUCAUCUUGUAAUAUGAGUGUAACUCAUUGAAAAGAUGAUAUAGAAGGUUUGUAUACUCGUGUCAACUUAUAAUAUUAUUGAUUGUGAAUUCGGAGAUCCUCUCUGGCCCGUGCCAAUAGAGGAUCCUUGAACAUACAUGCCUGUUUUUGAAGCUUUUCCAGAA